AUGGCCAAUCUCCGUGUGAUGCCUGAGAUUGUCCCUCGUCACCCGGGGACGUACCUCGUGAACAGAGCGUCCUCCAUAUUUCGCCGGAGCUUCUGCGGCCCUUCGGCCGAAACAUCGAGGGACGCGGUUCGUCCCCUGGUCCGAGGUGUGAGGAGGCUGGGAGGCAGGAGUUCUGCAGCCGGGGUCGUUCUCUCGUCGGUUCAGCUUAAGGAGGACUGGUUGCGUUCCAUGUCUUGCCCUUUUCCCGAGAAGGAAGGGAGGCCACCGGGCUGUGAAGAUGGUGAGGAAUCUGAGGGCUGCUCGGGUGUCCAGUGCGUUAUCGGGAUUGAUCCUGACGUCUCUGGAGGUCUGGCUGUUUUGAAAGGUGAUACGGCACAGGUAAUUAUUGUUAUCGCUGUUUUAGUUUAUCCAACAAUAUCAUCAGUAGAAAGAAGCAUUGUCAGGAGUCAUGUAGUUUUGGAAUUGCCCGGGUAAAGAGGCAAGUCCAAAUGAUAGCCAUUCUUCUAAAGUUAUCAUCGACGCAUUGCUUCCAGUUUGUUUGAUUCAUUUUGUAUUUAUCUUCUGUUGUCAGCUUGUCCCUUCACAUAAUAAAAUGACAUGAAACGCGUUUAAUUUUCUCCAGGAUGGUCGUUGUUCUUUUGUUUCACGGUGUAUCCAUUAAUCUAUAUGUUUAUAUAUGCAUUUUCAGGAUUGAAGUCAAAUUCCUUUGCGUUUUUCAUAAGUUUUUGUUCACAUAUAUCCUUUAGGUCUUCGACUCUCCUCACUUGAAAGUACUGGUCGGAAAAACUCUUCGAAAAAGGCUGGAUCCAAGGUCUAUUGUUCAUUUGCUUCAGAGUUUUGGAGCACCGCGUGGUAAAGGGUACUCCUUUUUAUGCUUCAUCGGGAGAGAAUGCUAGAUUAUCUCUUUUAAAUUUUUUCGUGUGUUGGAUUAUGUUUAACAUUCGAGGACAUAACAUUCCAAUCUCGAUCCUUGUCUCUAUCUUAUUUUUUUCAUGCUUUCUCCAUUUUGAUAUGUUUAACAGGAUGAUAUUAAAUCACGUGAGUAUCUGAAAUUCAUUCGGCCUUCAAGUUACUUAGCCCCAUGUCAAGGCUCUCGGAAAUUAAGUCUGUAUUUUGCUCACGCAGAAGACUUCUAGGAUCAUUUUUUGAAUAUAAGUCGCAUAAUUGUGAUGAUAAAAACUGUAUAAAGUUCCAGGAUGUGUAGGCUUGGAGGAUGACUUGCAUGACAAUGAACUAAAGAAAUAAAAUGAUAAGUGGAAAAGGGGCUCACACAUGCUCCUUGAUAAUGCUACCUCUUUAAGUUGUUUACAUUUAGUGUUCUAGAAUGUUUUAUUAGUGCGCCUAUUCCUCAAGAUCCUCAUCAUUGUAUUUCUUGUGCAAUGAUUAUUUCAAGCUUUAUUUCUUUUGGUUCCCCAGGAGUGGUCCAGAUUCGCUUGAUAAUCCUUUUCCAAUGUGCCGAAUUUUGCCUUCAUUUAUGGUGAUUCCUCAUAUCCGCGUCAAGUGACUUUUAUAUAAAGACAGUCGCAGAGACGGAGUCAAAAGAAUGACCAACUCAAAGUCCAGUAAAUUACUUUCGGUGCAAUGUACCCAAAAACGCUUUCUUCGAACCAGAAAAAAAUCGUGAUAUGUGAUUUCCUUCUGCUGCUUAAUUUUCGCAUCUCUGUCCAAUUCAUGUUGUAAUACAACCAUUUGGCGUUCCACAAUGAUGAUUAUAUGUGUUGAUCCAAGCUAUGAUUAUGAAUUUCUAGUCAUAUUCAAUGAAAUCAGCCUGAUGAAAGGUUUCAAUACCUGACAUGCCAUAUAAUUCAAUUACUGAUAACUUUGACCCUUUUCAGGAACCACAGCAUACAUUGAGCAGUCGAUGCCUUUCCCUCAGGAUGGAAAACAGGUUUCUUGUAAUCCCAUCACGGAAAGUAUUUCCUUUGAUGUUUUUGUUUUCUGGAUAUCUAAACAGAAGAUGAAUUGAAUGUCUGAAGGGGAAAGGCCGUGAUGUUCUAAAGCUGAGAAUGAUGUGAAGGGUUUCUUAUGUUUUAGAUGGAUAUAGAUUGAUGAAUCAUUCUCUGUGCGCCAUAAACUGUCUUAUAUCCCAUUGGUCUAUCAUGUAGAUAUCCGUUUCGGUUAAGUGACAAUUACCGUUGCAUGCUAACCAUGGGGGCUCGUCUCAGUGCAGAAUGUGAUGGUAAUUACUGUUAUAUUUGACUGAAGGGUUGGUGGAGUGGAGGUUACACAUAUGGGCUUUGGAUUGGGAUUCUAGUUGCAUCAGGAUUCUCUGUUGUUCCUGUUUCAUCUCGUUCUUGGAAGGAUCAUUUUGAACUCUUUGGGAGGUCCUCAUCUAAGGUUAGAUAUUUUUUAAUACUUUUGCUGCUGCAUUUAUACAUUAUUUUCCAGUGACUCAGACUGGCUGAGCCUGGAUUCUCUGAUUACUUUCUGCCUAGCUCACCAGAGAUCAUGUCUUUUUUAUUUUUCUAUUAUCUUUACAUUAUUUUCCGAAGGAAUAUCUAUGAGGUAAACUGCUUUCUGGAGGGGGGGAAGGUGGUAUGGUAUGAGCUGACGUGUGGCCAGAAUCUCUGAUACCAAUGAUGACAUGCGUGAGACAUAGGAUCAUAUCAUGAAUAGAAUAUUUGCUAGUGUCGAAAACUUUUGCGAGAUUUGAACAAUAAUUUUAAUUCUGGCAGAAAAUGGAAACAAAAUGAAAUGAGGUUCUUUGGUUGUGAUCCAGAUGGGCAUACUAGGAACAUGGUUUUAUUAAGAGAAUCAGGCCCAUCAGCCCAUGCUUGUCAGCUGCUGGUGUACUAUAUUUGUCUAGAUUUAUCUUAUCCCAGAUAUAUAUACAUUGAUUCUUUCUAUCGCGCUCCUUCGAGUGCCGUAUCAUAGGGCUCCCAUUUUUUGACACAGAACAGCAUUGCAAAGUCAACCCUACCAGAAUCUACUACUUAUCCAUCUUCCUUACUUUUCUUAGGAUGGCAGCAGGGAGGCAGCGAUUGCACUGUUUCCAUCCCUGGAAUCUCAACUGAGGAGGAAGAAGGAUCAUGGUUCGAUAUAUUUCGAUGGAUUUUUUUUUUUCUUUAAUUUUGUUUUUCCGUGGAAGCUUAUUUAUGUCAUGAUACGAGUCUUCUUGUGUGAAUGGCCGCUGCUGUCUGCUGCAGGCCGAGCAGAGGCUCUCCUUAUUGCCGCUUAUGGAAAGGGUCUAGGUGGAAAGAAGUGA